AUGUCCACCUCCACCUUCUUCGUUUGCGGUGCCACCGGCACCCAAGGCGGCGCCGUGAUCAACCACCUCCUCAAAGCCGGCGCCGAAGUCCACGCCAUAACCCGCAACCUAGACACCCCAGCGGCCCAGAACCUACAAUCCCGCGGUGUAAACCUCAGUCAAGGGGACUUCACCGACCUAGAAACAUUCAAACAAAGCAUGAAGGGAUGCACCGCGCUCUUCCUCAACCUAAUGCCCGACCUACGUGUCCCAAACAGCGAAGUCCACCAGGCCGAAAACAUUCUAUCAACCGCCAAAGAAGCGGGCAUCAGGCACGUCAUCUACUCUAGUGGGUUUUCUGUCAACGAGCCCCAACGCCUAAGGAACUGGGACCCGAACAGUUUCGUGGCGAAGAUUCUACUCAACAAACAAGCCGUCGAAAAUAAAGUGAGAACAGCUGGAUUCGAGUACUGGACUAUUUUACGACCUGGCAACUUCAUGGCGAAUUACUUGCAUCCCCUUGUUCAGAUGUAUCCCGGGUUUGUUGAGACCGGCGUCUGGACUACCGCUCUACUUCCUGAGACGAAGCUUCCGAUGGUGGAUCACAAUGAUAUCGGAGCUUUUGGGGCUGCGGCACUGUUCGAUCCCGCAAGAUUCCAUGAGAAGGAGAUUGAGAUUGCUUCCGAGUUUAUGCAUCCGGAGGAUGUGACGAAGGCAUUGUCGCGCGCGACUGGCAGGGAUGUCAAAGUGGACUUUUUGUCGCAGGAAGAGAUUGAAAAGCAAGCUACGCAGAAUCCGUUCAUUGGGGGCCAGUUGUUGGCCCGCGAUAUGGCACAGUUUGUAGAUUUGGAGGAGGUGAGAGCUUGGAAGCUGCCUUUGGGGACGUUCGAGAAGUUUUUGGAGAGGGAGAAGGAGAGGGUAAAAACGACUUGGUCUGUUUAA